AUGUGCACGUCACCUGAGUACACUUUCCCUGAACUUGGGUUAACAAUAAAUGAAGGUGUAAAGGUUAUGAUUCCAAUUCAAGCUAUUCACAACGAUAAAAAAUAUUUUAAAAAUCCAGAGAAGUUUUUUCCGGAGAGAUUUAACAAUGGAACUAAGGAUUUUAAAAAGGUGUUCCUGCCUUUUGGUGAUGGUCCAAGGGCGUGUGUCGGUGCAAGAUUAGGACAAAUGCAAUCUAUGGCCGGCAUAGCAGCAGUUUUGCAGAAGUUUCACGUGGAACCAGCGGAGUGUACUGUGAGAAAUCCAACGCCAGAUCCAACAGCAAUUGUGUCAGAAAGUUUUAUAGGUGGUCUACCUCUUAAAAUCAUAAAGAGGGUACGUAAC